UAGGACAGCAGGCUCUGGCUCACAGGUCACUGGCAUCAUGGAGCCACAAUACCGGGUGCUGGAGUGCGCGGUGGUAACAGGGCCAGUAUGGCACUCAGAGCCGCAGGGGACACGGCAGGCGCAGGUGAGAGGUGCGGCAGGGAUCUGCUGCCCGGCUAUAAAUACCCGCUGCCCAUAUGAGGCCGGGCCGGCCGCGCUGGCGGGGGCUGCUCCGGUUACAGCCCGGCCCGCCCCUCCGCUGCACCCGCACCCGCGUGUCCCCCGCGCCCCUCACGCACUGCUGCAGGCACACUUGUGUGCACAAGUGCGCAACGCCUGCGUGUGCAAGGUUAUGCACACGCCUGCACACGUGUCACACUCGUGCUUGCGUUCACCAGGGCACACACACACACACACACGGCGGCUCCCCUGCACGCUCGCGCUGCUGCUCCCUUACACACCCACACACACACCCACGCGGCUCCUUUGCACGCGGGCCAAAAGCACGAGCGCUCCCGUGCACGCGCACGGACGACCCCUUGCACACGCGCACGCGCAUCCCCCUCCCUCCCGCCGCUGCGGCGCCCCCUGGCGGUCGGCGGGCGACCCCGGCAGCACCGGCACGGUGACGCAGGGAGAGCUGCAGCCCCUGCGCGCUGACGUGUCACAGGCACGUGUGCGGAAGCGGCGGCGGCCGGAGCGGAGCCGCGAUGGCGCUGAAGGCGGUGAUCCUCAUCGGGGGCCCGCAGAAGGGCACCCGGUUCCGGCCGCUGUCCUUCGAGGUGCCCAAGCCGCUCUUCCCCGUGGCCGGGGUGCCCAUGGUGCAGCACCACAUCGAGGCCUGCGCCAAAGUGCCUGGCAUGAAGGAGAUCCUGCUGGUGGGCUUCUACCAGCCCCACGAGGCCCUCAGCCGCUUCCUGCUGUCGGCGCAGCAGGAGUUCAAGAUCCCCAUCAGCCCCCGACAGCCCUUCCCUGCCACCCAUCGGUGCCACCAGAUGCUCAUUUCUCCCUGCUUGGCUCACAGGCCAACAGGACACAGGCGCUGAAUUACGGUUGUAUCGUGGCAAAUGCGGACACACAGGAGGUCCAGCACUACGUGGAGAAGCCCAGCACAUUUGUCAGUGAGAUCAUUAACUGUGGCAUCUACCUGUUCACACCUGCUAUCUUCCAGCACAUUGGCAAAGUCUUCCAGAGGAACCAGCAGGAGCUAGUGCUCUAUCCUUACCUUGGAGAGGAGAGCUCCAACGGCUGGCAGCGUGCAGAAGUGAUCCGGCUAGAGCAGGACGUUUUCACAGCCCUGGCUGGGAGCGGCAAGCUCUAUGUCUACAAAACUGAUGGCUUCUGGAGCCAAAUCAAAUCGGCUGGCUCUGCUAUCUAUGCCAGCCGCCUUUACCUGAACCAGUAUAGCAAAAGCCACCCAGAGAGGCUGGCCCAGAACAAGCCUGGAGGCCCCAUCAUCCGAGGGAACGUGUACAUCCACCCAACAGCCUCCAUCGACAGCACUGCAGUGCUGGGCCCCAACGUCUCCAUUGGGGAGGGGGUGACUGUGGGAGCUGGUGUGCGUGUGCGUGAGUCCAUCGUCCUGCAUGGCGCCUCGCUCCACGACCACACCUGUGUCCUCAACACCAUCGUGGGCUGGGACAGCACCAUCGGACGCUGGGCCAGGGUUGAAGGAACACCCAGUGACCCUAACCCCAACGAUCCUUAUGCCAAGAUUGACAGUGAGACCCUUUUCCGGGACGGGCGCCUCACACCCUCCAUCACAAUCCUGGGCUGCAGUGUCACCAUCCCCGCUGAGGUUGUUAUUCUCAACUCCAUCGUCCUUCCUCACAAGGAGCUGAGCCGCAGCUACAAGAACCAGAUUAUUCUGUGAGUCAGUGGCUCACUGGGUUGGCAGGGCAGUACUGGCCCCCCAUUCCCUGCUGUGCCCUACAACAAGAGCCUGUGCUGGAGCUUCACCUUCUGGGAGGCUUCCAGCACCUUCAGAGGGGUAGGUACAGACCAUGAACCCUGCAAGUGCCUGACUCCUGCUCCAGACAGACAUUAAAGCUGGUGAGCAUCAGCCUUGCGUGCUGCUUCUCUUGCAGCCCAGGGACCAGCCCUGGUGCACGGUGAAGGCUUUGGGGACAGCAUGUGGCACUGGCACAAGGCUGUGCCUGUGCAGGGAGCCCUGGGGUAAGGCUGGUGAGGAAACACUUGAUGCCUGCAGUGUCUCAGAUCCUGAGCUGUGGGUAUUUCUCCACCAAAAGGUACUACCAGCACAGUCUUGCUAUGCCUCCCCAGGCUCUCCCUGCUCUGCAGCAGCUGCUGCCUGCAAUUCCCUGGAAGGUCUUGGCCCAUUUCAGAGGCUGGGGGGCUUUGAAUCUGCCUCUCCUGCACAGGCAAAUCACCCUGCAGGAGCUGGUUGUAAGGAUCCCAGUUUCAACAGUGUGAUUGCAACAGCCAGAGCUGGGCUCCUGCCUACCACUGGGAAAACAGAGCGGUGCCAGACUGGCCUAAGGGCACUGGCACAUGAGGUCUAGAUGGUACAGGCUCCCUGGAGGGGGCACCCCUUCCCCUGCCAAGGGUUCAGGGUGAGCCAGGAGAGCUGCCAGCCCUGCUCAGAUCAGGCUGAGACCUGCACAGGCUGCCUAGGCAGGGCUCAGGGCAAUGGCAGAGGGCCCCUGCCACCCCGGUGGGCCAGCAGCCUCCUCUAUACCAGCAUGGCUGGAGCUUGGGGGCUUAGUGCACAUCUGCCCUCACCCCAGCCAUGUCCACCAGGCACUGGAGCAAUCACCUGACACGUAUGCAGAUGGCAAAUAUCUACCACUUCACUGUGCCUCAAAAAUACCUGGUUUUAUUGAAGGCAGCUCCCUGCUGAUCCUGGCACACUGUGUCUGUGGUAGCAAACACUGCCCUUUAUCCACUUACCUCCCUGGCUUCAGAGCCAGUGCAUCACCAAGGGCUGCAUCACUCCUCCCACCUUCAGUGAGGCACUGCAUUAGGGAUUCUCCAUCCAUUUAGUACCAUCCCAGCUCAGUGGAUUUGCAGUAAAUCCUUGCUCCCAGCUCUGUGCCUUCCUGUGCCAAUUCUCAUGUGGUCCUGGGUGGGGAUUAGCUGUUCCCUGGCUUUAAGCACAUUAAACUCCUUCAGUUUUGA